AUGAGUUCAGAAACUCGAAAACAUGCGAGACAUAUCAGUUUCAAUCAAACUGGUAGUAAUAUCUGUCUAGUGAAUGAUGAUAGUCAGGGUUUUAAAAUCAUCAAUACAGAUACAUUGAAAACGUUAUAUAAUGAAGCAACAGGGUCAUAUUCACAAAUUCAAUUAUAUUUUGAUUCUUCAUUAGUAAUUUUUGUUGGAUUGGGAGAAGAUAUUAAAUUUUCACCAAGAGAAUUAAAAUUAUACAAUAUUGAGACAUCAAAAAUGAUAUGUCAUUUAUUAUAUUCAGAUACUAUAUCAAAUGUUCAAGUUAAUAAAGAUCGAAUAGUUGUAUCAUUGACUAAUGAAAUAUAUAUUUAUAAUUUGACAAAUAUGAAAUUAUUACAUGUUAUUAGAAAUCUUCGUAAAUUAAAUGGUUUAAUUUCAUUAUCAAUGGGCACACCAUAUACUAAUUUAUUAAUAUAUCCAACAUAUUCAACACGUAGAAAGAGAAGAAAUAGUGGUAGAAAAAUAUCGAAUGAUAGUACAAAUGGUAGCAUUGGCACCUUAACCACCAAUAAUAGUUAUGAUAAUGAUAUUGAAGAACAGGAAGAACAGGAAGAACAGGACGAGGAUGAAGUAAUGAAGGAAGGAGAUAUAAUUAUAUUUGAUAUGAUGUUAUUAAGACCAUUAAUGGUAAUUGAAGCACAUGAGAAUCGAAUUCAAUGUAUUGAAAUAAAUGAAGAUGGUUCAUUAAUUGCUACAGCAUCAAAAUUGGGUACAAUAAUUAGAAUAUUUAACACAAUAAAUGGAACUAAAAUAAAAGAAUUUCGUCGUGGUAGUUAUAAGAGUAUAAUACAAAGUAUGAAAUUUUCUUCUGAUAAUAAUUUUUUAGUAGUAACAAGUUCAAGUAAUACUAUUCAUAUAUUUGAAUUACAGUCAUAUGAUAUUAAUAAAUUGCAAGAAUCUGAAAUAAAUAAUAGUAAUAUAAGUGUUAAAGAGACAACUGAACAAGAUCUUAUUGUAUUAGAUACUAUCUCUGCCAAUAAUACAACAAAUAUUGAUAAUAACAAUAAAAAUAAUAGUAAAACUUCAAUGAGAAGAAUGAUUAAGAAGUCGUCUCAAAAGAUAACACGAGAAGCUAAUAAGAGGUUUAAUCAAUUAUUUAUAGGAGGCAAUGAAGAUUCCCAAAAUAAAAUAAAUAUACAAAGACAUUUUGCAUGGUGUAAAUUUCCAAUAGAUAAAAUCAAAGAGCGUGGAUCAUCUAGUAUAAUUAAUAUAGAUUCCGAACCUAUAUUAUUAAACGGUUUGCAAUUGAUACAGUUACAAACAACUUCAUCUAAUGAAAUUCCUAUAAAGAAGACUAUGGAUAACAAUGAUGAUAAUAAUAACUUAACAUUAUUAUAUUUACGAAUCAAGAUAUUAACCUCUGAUGGUAACCUUUACACAUAUUUACUAGAUCCAGUCAAUGGGGGAGAAUGUAUUUUACAAUCUCAAUUGUAUAUAUUAUAG